UUGAGAGCCGCCGCCGCCGAUGCCACAGUAGCGCGACACUUAGAGGUGUACCUGUUGUGGCUCUUCGGCUGGAUCUUGUUGUGCACGUCGUAGGGGAAUUCGGUGCCUAAGCACCUUCUUCCUUACGCGAGGGCUAUUGCGGAGGCCCCGCUCGACGAGGUUCCACAGUACAGUUGGGGUUCAGCUAUAUUGGCGGCCACCUAUAGGGGUCUUUGCACGGGCUGCUGCAAGAUAAUUUUGGCGGAGCCAAUCUUCCUUGGCUGCCCGUUGCUGCUUCCGCUGUGGUCGUACGAGCGGUUCCCGAUAGGGCGACCCCAUAUUGACAUGUCCCCCUACCCCGAGGGUUUCAAUGAUGACGACGUUGACAGGCCCACGAUGGGGUCGUUGUGGUGCCUGAGGAAGGGAAUAUGGGUGGGGGUGCAGACGAAGAAGUCAUACCCAGACUUCGUCGGUCUGUUCGAUGCUCUUGUCGACACCAACUUGAGGUGGAGACCCUACAACUUCAAGGAGGUGCAGGCUCGUGCCCCGCAUGGCCUCUCUUCACUGUGCCAUCGGGACAUGGAGUACUGGAGGACGAUGAGGCCACUAGUCUACGACAUCCACAUCGAGGACUACGCGGUUCACCGUGUGAUGAGGCAGUUCGCCCUGUACCAGUACUCCCCACUUCCGGUUACUUCUGUUGUCCCGACCGCCGGCUAG